AUCAUGUAAAGUUUGGUGAAACUGAAAGCUUCAAGUUUACAAGAUAAGCCAAGCUAUUUGAACACAAUUGUGUUAAGGAGGAGCAACAAAAACAGAUAAAGUUACUUUGUUAUUUCAAUAUUAUUAUAGGGUAAAGAGGCGGACACAGAUUCUCAUGAUAAUAAUAAUGAUAUUAUCAUAAUGUAAUAUUGUUACUUUGGUAACACAGAAUUAACUAGACGCGUGUUUGCAAAGUAACCAAAAUGUAAGGCCUUUCCAUGUUCCUCUCCUUCUCGUUGUGUUUUUUCUUCUUGUUGCUGCUCCAACAAUCGUUGUUAUUAACCUUAAGGCUACGACUUUUUUACGCAUUUUUAUUUUUACCUUUUACCAGUUAACAUCAUUUUAACUUGUCAAAUGAUCCUCAUCACUUUGCUUUUACCUUUUUCUUGUUUCUUUUUCGUUGUUUUUGCUACUUGAUAAUAUUAAAUAAUCAUUAACGUUGUACUUUUAUACACCACCAUCAUCAUCAUUUGAAUUUACGUAAAUUCAUUUGCUUUUUGUUUUCAUCUUUUCUCUUCUUCUUCUUCUUCUUUCUUGUCCUUCAUUUUCAUUUUGUUUUUGCUCGAUCCAACACAUUGCAACAGUCAAAUAUCCAAAGCGUGCCAUUAAGUUAACCAAAAUGAUGAAAGAUAUUAAGCCUGAUUUAACAUCAGCAUCAGCAUCAAAUUAUCAAACAUGGACUCCAUCGAUAGCGCAACAUUUGAUUACUGGAGAUUCAACGAUUACAUCAACAAGUUAUGAUGAAAAUUGUAGCCAAGGAAUUGAUUAUAGUUAUGAACAGUUUCCAAACAGUUUGAUCACCUCACAGCCUCUUUCAUCGCCAACAGUUAAUUCGCCAUCAUCUUCGUCAUCUUCCUCUUCAUCUUCACUUUCAUCUUUAAUUUCAGUAUCCACAACGACUUGCCAUUAUUCAAGUGAUUCAACAACAACAACAAUUAACCAAGUUAGACUCGAUCCGAGUAAAACAGAUUCAACAACUGCAUCUGAAGGAAUCAAGAAAAGGAAAACUGGAAAAUCUAGCUACAAACAUAUUCCUCAUCGUGAAAAACCUCCCCACCUUGUAGCUCGUCGUAAUGCUCGGGAACGACGUCGGGUCCAAGCGGUCAACAGUGCUUUUGCAACCCUAAGGAAACAUGUUAAUGAACCAAAUCGUAACAAGAGAUUAUCAAAGGUGAAAACUUUACAGAAAGCCAUUGAAUAUAUUGCUUACUUACAAGGUUUGCUCAGUGAAGGUGAUAAUCUUACAAUGAAUGUUAAUACAAAUGUUACUGCCAAUCAACAUUACCAACAAUCUGAUAAUAAUAAUUCAAUGAUGCAACUUUUAUCACCUGGAUCCAUCGUAAAUGGAGUCAAUACUGUUAACAAUAAUAAUAAUAAUGAAAUUAAUAGUGGCCAUUCCAUGGAAUCAACAGUUGAAAUUAAAUUAAUAAAUGGACAAUCAUUAACGUCUUCGCUUACAUCAGCAUCAAAUGAGACUUAUAUUAAUCCAGUCUAUUGUACUUCGCCAAAGGAAAUAUUGAUCUGUGAAAAUAUUAACAAGGAAAAUAUCGUCGACACAAAAUGGAUCCGAAAUGAUAAUGUAAGUUUAACCUAA